AUGUAUUGGCCUGUCUCCCUGUCGCUGAUCUGUGGCUCUCUACUUCCCCUGGCCACUGGGAGCCUUGCACAGCCAGAUGAGCAAUCUGAGACGCAUUAUGCUAUUAUGGACAAUGAUUGGUACACGGCAGGAUUCGUCCCGUACCUAGUUGCUUUGGAUGGUGGCGUCAAAGUCCUCGGCCUUGCGUCUGACACUGCAAAUUCGUGGCAGCCGCAAGCGGCGUUGCAUGCGGUAGCGACACUCGAAGCAGGCAAUCUGAGCUGCAUCCCUGUAUACUCCGGCGCGACUUGGCCACUGAUUAACACCCCAUUGAGAUUCCAAGCUUGGGAAACCAUUCAUGGCAAGCUGGCCUGGGAGGGGGCAUUUGCUCCAGAGAAUCAGACAUAUGAGGCGCAAGGCAAUGACCCAACUUCCGGCGACCCCAAUCGGAUUGUGAAAGCGGCUUUCAAAGAAGGAUUCCCCAAGGGCCGGCCCAGAAAUUCGACUUCUGCGGCAAAUUUCAUGGUGGAGAUGGUUCACAAAUACCCAGGUCAAGUCUCGAUUUACUCCGCCGGUUCUUUGACCAAUGUGGCCCUCGCUGUGCGGAUGGAUCCGCAGUUUGCCUCGCUAGCGAAAGACCUGGCUACUGGAAGUAUCUUACUUGCUGAUCUUCAAUCCGAUAUCAACUUGAUGAUCGACCCUGAGGCCUCGAAGAUCGCUCUUACUGCCGAUUUCCCAAACAUCACCAUUGCAGGAAAUGUUGCAAACCAAGUUUUCCCCAGUCAGGAGUUCGCCGAUGAGGUCCUGAGUGUCCCAAACCCGUACUCGAAGCUCUUUCAUGACUACUAUGACCUUUCCUUCCCAUUCUGGGAUGAAACCGCGGCAGCAUUGAUGGUUGAGCCAUCGCUCGCCAUCAACCAGACUUCUGUGUUCCUCGACGUCGACACCUCAUACGGAAGCCCCAACUAUGGCAACAUCCACGUUUAUCAGAAGGCAUUGGCACCCGAUGGGAUUAGAGAAGUCAACUUCGUUUUCCAGGUUGACGAGGACAGGUUGAAACAGCGCAUCAAGCACUCUUUGCAGUAUCCCAAGACUUGCGCUGAUCUGGAUUAUCUUCACUGA